AUGGAUUCUGAGGUCAAAAGCAACCGAAAUUCUGAUGUCAAGUGCCAUAAAGGAUUUCAGUAUGUCUUUGACAAGUUGAUAAACAAUGGUACAACUAAAUCUUACAGAUGUCGUAGAAGAGACAUAAAUUGCAAAGGCCGUAUCCAUAUCACACCUGGUGAAAUACGUGUCGUGAAUGGCCACGGUGGACAUGAUGAAUCACCUACGAAUGUAGAAGUAGCAGCUACAUUAACAAAAAUUAAAAAACGGGCAUUUGAAACAAUGGAAACCCCAGCUGUGGCAAUUAACCAGUGUAUAGAGAGUAUGACCAUUGCUGGAAAAGGAGCACUAACAGCAAUCGAUAGUUUAAAAAAAACUGUCAGAAGGGUCAGAUGUCGAAACGGUCCACAAAUGCCUGUUGCUCCUCUGUCCUUGGUUGAUUUGGUUAUCCCAGACACCUUUAAGGAGUAUGAAGUGGAACCUGGACAAUUUGAAAACUUUUUACUGUGCGACACUGGGCCUGGACUCAACAGGAUCUUAGUAUUUGGUCGCCAGAGAGGUUUGGAAGUACUUACAACAUCUGAUGAGUGGUUUGUUGAUGGGACAUUCAGUAUUAGUCCAAACCUUUUCUCCCAAGUAUUUGUGAUACUAGGAUGUCGGAAUGGCGGAGUUCAUCCCUGUCUUUAUGCACUGCUGCCCAAUAAAGAACAGGCAACCUACUGUACACUUUUAGUGGAACUAAAACGUUUAGUGCCUGCCAUUAAUGCCACAAGUAUAUCUGUGGAUUUUGAAGUUGCGAUCCACAAUGCUUUUCGGACAGAGUUCCCGGCAAUUGAAAUACGUGGUUGUUUUUUCCAUUUGCUAAAAAACUUGAAAAAACAAAUUGGAGCUGCAGGGUUGAUGGCAGAUUAUAGAAAUAAUCCAGAUUUCAAUCUAUGUGCACGGAUGAUUACAGCUUUAGCGUUUGUUCCUCCCGAAGAUGUAGCUACUCGGUUUGAGCAACUAAGUGAAGAGCUGGAAACGUUAUACCCGGCAUUACAGCCAAUUUUGGAUUGGCUGGAAACAUUUUAUAUUGGUAUUUUAAGACGAGAGGGUGUGAGGAGGUCGCCAGUUUUCCCCAUACCAACAUGGAACCUAUAUAAUAGAGUUCUGGCACAACAAAUGAAAACCAAUAACAUUUCGGAAGCUGCUCAUAGGCGUCUACAGGCACAGCUCGGUAUGACAAAUCCCACAUUAUGGAGGUUCAUAAAUGAGCUGAAAAAAGUGCAGGCAGAGCGUGACAUAUAUUAUGAAUUUUUAGUGGCAGGCAACGAACCACCGCGGACUAAGCGAAAAUACGUUGAUGCUAGUAACCGUAUUUUAACAUUAGUCCGAGAUUAUAGAAACCGAAACAUUAUAGAGUACCUCAGAGGAUUGGCACACAACUUUGUGAUGGACGAAUAA